CAUGAAAUUUUACAAAGCAUUUACUAAAAAGUGAAAUCGGAAUUUCUUAAUUUUGAAAGAAAAUUUGCAGACAAAAUAAAUACAAACCCAUUUUAAAUGGUUGCCCAAGAAGCUGGCGAUGCAAAUAAAGCAAUGGCUGCAGCAACAAAACCGGCUUUUCCACGACUUUUCAAUAAAAUUGUUCUCACGCUCGAGAACAGCUUGAUACCAGAAGUCAAAUUAGACGCUACCCCAUCUCAAGUCGAUGGCUUGGACAAAGAAACCGAAAAGGAUUUACGAAUUCUGGGAUGUGAGCUCAUACAAACGGCAGGGAUACUCCUAAAUUUGCCACAAGUGGCAAUGGCCACGGGUCAAGUCAUUUUCCAGAGAUUCUUCUACUCGAAAAGUUUUGUGCGCCACAAUAUGGAGACCGUGGCCAUGAGCUGCGUGUGCUUGGCUUCGAAAAUUGAAGAAGCUCCUCGUCGCAUUCGAGAUGUCAUUAAUGUUUUCCAUCAUAUCAAACAGGUUCGCGUGCAAAAAGACAUAACGCCAAUGAUUCUCGAUCAAUUCUACACAAAUCUAAAGAACCAGGUCAUCAAAGCUGAACGAAGGGUGCUCAAGGAGUUGGGCUUCUGCGUCCACGUCAAACACCCUCACAAACUAAUUGUCAUGUACUUGCAAGUUUUGAAGUACGAAAAACAUGAAAAAAUGAUGCAGAUUUCUUGGAACUUCAUGAAUGACUCUCUGAGGACCGACGUCUUCAUGCGCUAUCAACCGGAGACAAUUGCCUGUGCAUGCAUCUACCUUAGCGCUCGCAAACUGGGAAUCGCCCUACCAUCGAACCCAUCGUGGUAUGGGAUUUUUAAAAUACCCGAAGACGAUAUUAUCGAUAUAUGUUAUCGUAUAAUGGAACUCUACAAACGACCAAAGCCAAAUGUAGAAAAACUGGAGAGUGCUGUCGAGGAGCUAAAGAAACGAUACAUGGAAUCGCGAAAUAAGAAACAGGAUCAAAACACACCACCAGCGGUGACUACAGUCGAUCGGAAGGACACUUCCCAUAACGCAUGGGGUGGUUUUAUACAACGAACUAUUCCCUUGCCAGUCCCAGACUCGAAGUCACCAGAUAAACGUUCUCGUUCUAGAUCGAGAAGCCGUUCCCGAAGUCGAUCGAAAAGCCAUUCCAGAUCUAGGUCUCGCACUCCAUCUGCUGAUUACAAGAGUCGAUCAUCGAAGAAGGGGCAUCACAGGUCGAGGACACCGGUAAAGAGCAGCAAAAAGAAAUCACGUCAUUACUCACGUUCACCAUCAUCUUCGCCACACUCAAAACAUCGCAAGAGGAAGUCAUCGAGGGACCGCGAGCGUUCAGACUACUAUGCUGACAGAAAGGACCGCGACAAGUACAGAGACCGAGAUCGUGAUCGCCGAGACAAAGACCGUUCUAAGCACCACUCCAGGUAUUCUGGCAGCCGAGGCUCCAACAGCAGAGGAAGCAGCAACAAAAGACGCGAACGCUCACGCGAAAGAAAGCGCUAACAAACCAUUUUAAGACAGAAUAAAAACACUUAAUAUACUAUAAAAAUAAACUAUUAAAUGUAUAAGAUUUU